GGUCUUGUCUUGUGCUCUUUUUAUUUUUAUUUUUUAUUUCUUAUUUUUAUUAUUAUUAUUUUUUCUUGUUUUCCUUUGUCCUGUAUUGGAGAGGAAAAACCUGGUCAUAACGCGACAGAAUUACGCGUCGAUCACCUUACUCGUUUUCUCUUUACUUCACUUUCUUUCCACCGACACCACCAACUCCUCGUCUGGUCAAGUCACCAUCCAAUCCCCCGUGCUCCGAUCGGACUUGAGCACCCCUCAAUUCACUGCUUAAGCAUUACCACCCUUCCAAAAGUUGAAAACAAAAAAAAAAGGGAAAAAAAAAGGAAAAAGGAAAUAAUAAGGAUCACUCAAACCAAUCGGUCUUGGUGUCUUAUUCAGUUAUAUUUGAUCCUAUCUCCUCCCCUGCCUAUACUUUAUAUCCUCUUCGGCACCUCUUUCUCCUUUCAUUGGUGUCCACAAAGCUCAUUGUAUCCUCCGACGCGUCCCUUGAGCAGGCACGUGCGUUCAACUGGAAGGAUUUGUUUGGGUUGAUCUCGUCCGGUAACUUGCACCUUGUAUUAUAUGGACCACAGACCUGCCUCCGAGUACGCGCAGCCAGACCAGACUUCUGCUGCAGCCACUGCUCAUCCUUACACACCUCAACCCGAGGUCCGCGCCAACCACCAGUACACUCCGCAGCCUGAGGUGCGCCCCGCCGCCAAUAUUUCGUCCUCCAACACGCCGCAGUCAGACUACGGUCUGAACCAGCCGCCCGCCGCGCGCUCCCCAGCUUAUCCCGAUUACCUCGCCCGGCCACCUCCCCAGUACCAUCACGCGCCCAACACUCAGCCUGGUGGUGCGGCAGGUAUGGCUCAAGCAACAAGUCCGUCCAUGACAACCCUCCAUGAUGGGCAGCACAAUGGCCAUCGAAAUCACUCGAACGUGAAGUCUGACCCGGACGUUCCUAUAGAUCCUUCAAUCGCGGCCUCCAGCCCUACCUAUCCUCCUCCCUACUCGCCUUAUCAGCCGUCGGGUCAUGACAUGGCCCAGUAUCAAGGUCACCCGCCGCCGCCCCCGCACCAGAUGUAUACGCGUCCGGAUUGGUCGCAUGGAUAUGGACAACACCAGCAUGGUCUUCCUGGCCCUUAUACCACUCCUGCCACAACGGUCUAUUCCUUUGUGCCGAUUCCCGGUGCGCAACAGCACAAGCGACCUCGUCGCCGAUAUGAGGAGAUUGAGCGCAUGUACAAGUGUGGAUGGAACGGCUGUGAGAAGGCAUAUGGUACCCUCAACCAUUUGAACGCCCAUGUGACGAUGCAGUCUCAUGGAGCCAAACGGACCCCUGAAGAGUUCAAGGAGAUCCGCAAGGAGUGGAAGGCACGGAAGAAGGAGGAGGAAAACGCGCGCAAAGCUGCUGAAGAGCGUGAGCGCACCGCUGCGGCUCAGGCUGCUCAGGCCAGCCAGGUGGAUGCUCCUGGCGCUCCCGAUCCGUCGCAGACUCCCCAGCCUCCCACCUAUCCUGGCAAUGUCCGUCCUCAACUGCCGCCGAUUGGCUAUCAGCCUGCCGACGGCCAAGUGCCUGGCCAGUAUGGAGCCCCUGCUGGAGGAAUGGUCUAUCAGAGCAACGGACAGAUGUACCCGCCCGGCAACUACCCUCACUCUCCUUACGGCCAGGGCGGUCAAGUGUAUCAACAACAAAACCAAUCGGCCAGCUACCCGCAAUAGAUAUCCAACUUCUCUCACGCCUCUCAUGUUGCAUACUCUAAUAUCAAUGUCUCCUAUUCCCAUAUCGCCGCCCUGGAUCUAAUUCUAUUAAAGUCUUGCGCACAUGAUACCAUUUCCUGGCCUUACGACCUACCCUUGUCUUUCAAUCGUCUUUUUGUUUUCGCCUUUUUACUCUUCUUUGUUUCCAUUUUCUUCGUCCUUUAUCUUUCUUGAUUUAGAUUGC